AACGAUGCGGGAUGCGGAUUAUGUUAUGGAUCGCGUAGGGAUGGUAAACAAGUCGCACAACAGCUGUGACUUUAUCUAGUCACGGCCGAGAUAAAUGGGGAACGUCGCGAUCGCUGGAAUCGAGGUCGCUCGCUGAAGUGUGAAUUUUCCGGAGGAGAGAUCGAGGCCAGCGGGGCGAAUUAAAUGCCUCGAGGAUCCUCUCGUGUGACAGUUUGACGGAGCAGCGGACCGCUGAGGUUAUGUCAUUCCGUCAAAGUGUUCGCAUCUCAUCGAGAGACUCGUCGGCCGUCACGUAGACGGGAGCCAAGGCUAUAAUGGGCGACCACAUCGGCGAUAAUAUAUUAAUCCCGCAAGUCGACAAUGUCGUGUUGGUCGACAAGAGCGAUGGCAAUAACAAGAGCAUGGAUGGGACACUGUGCAUCAGCGGCCACCACCUCAUCCUGUCCUCCAGGCAGGACGACGGCCAGGAGCUUUGGCUGAUGAACAGAAACAUUGACGUCGUGGAGAAGAAACUGAAUGCUCAGAGCCCGGGCGGUAGUAUAAUAUUGAAGUGCAAGGACUUUCAGAUCCUUCAGUUAGACAUCGGUUCUACUAACGACUUAAUCAACGCCAUAUUAUCCAUAGAGAAGCUAAUAUCCCUAGAUCAAACUCUACAAUAUCCAUUCUUCUAUCGACCACAGACAACCAAUAACGUCAUAGUACAGAUAGAAGACGGAUGGACAGCGUUUGCACCUGUCUCCGAGUGGUCCAGAUUGUUGGCGGCUCACGGGGACGAGUGGCGUAUCAGUUACCUAAACAGGGAUUACAAAGUUUGUAAUUCGUAUCCGUCGGCGGUCAUAGUGCCACGUCAAGUAGACGAUAAAGUUGUAAUAGCUUCAGCUGGCUUUAGGGACGGUGGAAGGUUUCCCGUUUUAUGUUACAGACACGAAGGAGGGAGUAUACUGUUGAGAAGCGGUCAGCCGUUAUGCGGUGCUACCGGUAAGAGAUGCAAAGAAGAUGAAAAACUGUUGAAUGCGGUUCUAGGUCCUGGGAGACGUGGUUACAUAGUGGACACAAGAUCGGUCAAUCAGGCGCAGAGUGCCAGAGCCAGAGGCGGAGGCACGGAAAUGGACGCGGCUUAUCCACAAUGGCGAAAAGUACAUAAACCAGUUCCUCGGCCGCACGAUUUGGCCGAUAGUUUCUACAAAUUGAUAGAGGCUUGCAACGAUGUCAACAGUUCCACUUCGCAGUGGCUGUCGAAACUGGAUAGCAGCGGAUGGCUGACCGCUGUGCAGAGCGCUUUAAAUGCUGCUUGCGUCACCGCGCAAUGCCUGCAUCAAGAAGCCGCGGCCGUACUGGUGCACGGCAGCACAGGUAGGGACUCUACGUUGGUCGUGACCAGCUUGGCCCAGGCAAUACUGAAUCCUGAUUGUCGAACGGUACGAGGACUUCAGGCACUCAUAGAGCGCGAGUGGUUACAAGCCGGCCAUCAAUUUUUUAGUCGGACCCGUUGCGGAGCGUAUCAAUCUUCAAGCUCGCAAAAUCCGACGCACGCGCCGACCUUUCUCCUUUUCCUCGAUUGCCUGUUUCAGCUGCAUCAUCAAUUCCAAUUCAGCUUCGAGUACACCGCGGAUUUGCUCAUCAAGUUGCAUAAGCACGCCUAUUCCUCGAACUAUGGUACAUUUUUAGGUGAUUCGGAAGCGGAGAGGAUAAAAUUACGGCUGUCCGAGCGAACCUACAGUUUAUGGUCGUACAUGAAUCAACCGGACGUUUUGGAACAGUGGAUAAAUCCGUUGUACGAACCGAAUCCGGGAGUGAUUUGGCCCAGCGUCGCACCCAUCAGUAUUCAACUGUGGAAAGAACUGUAUCUCGCGCAUACGAGUGCAGCCCCGUGGGACGGCAUGCUCUCCUACGCGAAGCAGAUCAAGCAGAAUCACACGGCGGUGCGCAAAGUGGCCGGACAGCUGCAGGCGCAGAUCAAGCAGGCGUUGGAGGAGAUUCGAUCGGAUCCGGACAUGUCGCGGGGAGACGCGGACAAUCAAGAGGACAACCAUCCCCGUAUAGCGCAAUUGAGCCUAGAGUCUCAGAGUACUUGAUACAGAUCGUAGAGGCCGAAGAAAACCGAAGAAAUCUGCGCGCUGCAGAUUCAACGAUCUUGUCAAUAUGCCUUUAAUUAUACAAUACUACGUUAGUCCGCAAGGAUCAACGGGUCUUCACGAUAACCUGCCACGAAUGCUGAAGCCUUCGUAAUAAAUUCUCGCGAUGCAAUUCUUUCGACUUCUCGCCGAGAUGACGAAGAGAGUGUCUAUUAGUUUAAGAAUAGGUCUGCGAUCCAUGGAUCGUAUUAUCGUUGUCAAUAUAGAUUUGCAUAUUGCGUAUCAUGUAAAAGGUAUAUCUGUCACAUCACUUCAGUCAAUAUUAUAAGUCACGCGAUUUUCUUCUAUAUAUAGUAAAACUCGCAUUACCAAAAGGGUUCUAUCAAGUUCUAUUUAAACGAUUUAAACGAGAAGAGAUAAAUUGUGAUAUUUUUUAUUUCACGACAAUGCAUAAUUUGUAUUAUACCAUGAAACAGAAUUAACAAGAUAUUACACAAUAUACAUAUAUAUAUAUUAUAUACAAAAGAAAUUUUAUAUAUAAUAUAUAUAUACAGAUAUAUAAAA